UGCAGGACACGAGUUCAUUUCGCCGUUAAAACAUUUCGUUUACACGUUUUCUUGGGUGUUUGUUUUAUUCGAUUUUUUGUACAUUGAUUACUAGAGCAAAGCGAAAACUCGUAGGUGACUUUUGUUUAAAGUGUUAAGUGUUUUGCGUUACUUCCAAGGACCCCCAAGGACCAUUGUUGAUGAAAAGGUAAGCUCAAGCUCGCGAGAAACAGUGAUGACACAUUAGGAAAAAGGUCAAUUCUCUUGCUAUUAAAUUAGGCCAAAAAAGGUGUUUUCAAGAUGGUCUAUAGAAAACUCUUAAAGAAAUGGUGGAUUAUGGUAGCAGUAUUUUCCUUGCUCACUACAUCAUUCUACAUCUAUGAAUAUUCACAAGAAAAGAAUAUAAGCUUUAAGACAUUAAUGGGAACUUCUCAGAAUUUAGCAACAGUAUUAAGUCAACAUCAUCCUGGUUCAAAAUCUGGCAAAUGUCGACUUCCAGUACUUGAUCCAUGGCACUCAAGUGUGAAAAGUUUAGUAAAAGAUCCUGGUAAACUUAAAUGUGGAGUUAGUCAGUCGACAUUUGAGAAUAAUACACUGUAUGUGGAUGCAAAUAAUGCAGUGUCUGUGAGUUAUCGUAUCAUUCAACGUCCAGCUGGGGACGAUUUUUCAAGGAGUCUCUCUGAACCCUUUUCGAUAUCCCAACAAACAACUAAUACCAAACCAAGCCAAGUCAUACCAGGUAUAUCUGGAUGUUUAAUCCACAUCGAAAGCAAGAAAUGUUUACAUCCUAAUGGUGGUGAACUCCAACCCAAAGAGGGCACACCGCUAGUGUUCCAUUCAGAUUGUUGCUUUAGACGCAUUGAGUUCAAAAUGGCAGAAGAUAAAAGCAUUGUCCAUGUGCCCAGUGGACUUUGCAUAAAUGUGAAGGAUGAUAAAGUUGUUCUUGAUAAGGAAUGCUCAACAAAGUUCACAGUUGACAAUGGCACACUUCACGUGACUGGGAAAGACCUGUGCUUAGGUAGUGUCGAACGAUUACCUAAAAAUAAUGAAAAUGUGAUGAUGGGAAGGUCUUGUUCUCAUGUCUUUGGUCUUGUGACUAUGCAAGGUAAAGGAGUCAAAGCAAGUACACUUAUCAAUGCUGAUUUUAUUCGCGUCGACAUCAAGCAAGGUGAUGGAAAGCCCGACAUUACAGAACUCCAUAUGCAAGCAGCCCCCAAACCAGACGCUCUUAAAAGAGUGCGAAAACCCACAGGGAUCCCGAUCAACAUUGGUUUGAUAAUGUUUGACUCCACUUCAGCUGCGAAUUUCAUUCGUCAAAUGACGAAAUCAAAUGAGUAUCUGAAGACAAGGCCAACGAUCUACAUGAAAGGACAAACUAUCGUUGGAGAUGGUACUACAGCCCAGCUCUGCGCAAUGCUUACUGGGAUAGCGGAAAAAGACCAACCGGAAGCAAGGCGUUCCAAACCUAAUUCUAAAGUAGUUGAUGACUGGAGAUGGGUGUUCCGAGACUAUCGUAAUCACGGCUAUGUGACCAUGUAUAGCGAGGAUUCUCCAAACUAUGCUACCUUUAACUAUCGUUUACAUGGUUUUAAAAACCCUCCAACUGAUCAUUUCGGCAGGUAUUUCUGGAUGGAAGGUGAACGUCACCGACACAAUGCCCAGUGCGCUGGAAAAGACGCAAUGCAUCGCCUAACUUUCAAAUAUUUCUUAAGCUUCUUUCGUACGUACAAGAAAAAGUCCAAAUUUGGCUUCUUAAAUUUGGCUGAACUCACCCACAAUGAUAUUAAUCCUAUCAAGUACGCGGACGAAGAUCUUAUGAAAUUAUUACAGAACAUGGAAAAAGAGGACUUUCUAGAAGACACCAUUCUCUUCAUAUUUGGAGAUCAUGGUAUCCGAUAUGGAAAAAUGAGACAAACUAUUCAAGGGAAACUCGAAGAACGGCUUCCUCACAUGUCCAUUACUUUCCCAACAUGGUUUCCAAAGAAACAUCCAAAACUAUACGAAGCCGUCCAGCACAAUAGUCAUCUUUUAACRACACCAUUCGAUAUUUAUGCUACAUUACAACAUGUUCUUUCUUAUCCAUCUGCUCCUAAAGGCAUCCAUGUUGGACAGAGUCUGUUUUAUCCUAUUGACGCGAAGAACCGUACAUGUAGAAAUGCCGGAGUUGAAGAUCAUUGGUGUCCGUGUUUGAAUUUUGAAAGUGUUCCCAUAAAUGAACCCAUUGUUAAACGACUUGCCAUUUUCUCUGUUGAAUCAAUAAACAAACAACUUGAAAACGAGGGCAGCAAAGUGAAGUCAAUUUGUCAUAAACUAACUUUGAAAGAAAUCAAAAGUGCUUCUCGUGAAAUGCCAAACGAAGUUGUGCAAAAGUUCAAACAGACGAAUCCCAAUCAAAAGUGCGAUUCUUGUGAAAUAGUCCUUGGUGGGAAAGAUGAAAAUACUCUGGCUGAAGACACGGCGUAUCAGAUUCAAUUCAUAACAUCACCUAACAAUGGCUUUUACGAGUCAAGCAUUCGAGUUGAAAAAGGAAAGCCAAGCUUGACCGGAUCGAUCAGUCGGAUUGACUCGUAUGGGAAUCAACCCGAUUGUAUUGCUCAUGAUUUUCCUCAUUUACGAAAAUACUGCAAAUGUAAAUAGUUCGGUUUUUUUUAAUUUAUUAUAUCACUUAGCUCGAAACGGUAGGGUUUUUUUUAUUUUGCUCAUUCAAAGCGUUUUUACGGAAAACUAUAAACAAGCAAGUGUCUUCUUAGACUGAUUCCAUAAGCCAUAGUAUUAGCUCCUCGAUUUUUCGGUUUGUCGCUCAAAUCGGUGAGUGACGGAGAGGGAACUGGUACCGACUUAUGGAAUCAGUCUAGUUCUUCUACUUUAGCAUAGCCUCCUUUGCAGAUGUUAUUAGUAUCGGUCAUAACGUCUGAAAAGGGGGCUAGUUUCACCAGUGUUCGUGUAUUCAUUAUUAUUUAUUAUUAUAUUACUAUUGUAUAAAUUUUGCAUGCCAAACUCAAUUCCGAGGAAGAUUUCAUUUUCAAUAAACCUAAAUCGGAAUCAAGAGAAAUAAAACUUAAAAUUGUGUGUAUGAGCUGUGGGAGAGAUUCUUGUUGUACUGUAUUUUUUAUUAUAAAUUAUUUUUUGAUAUAUAAUGCAUUCUCUGAUUGGCUGACGAACGUGUUUAUAUUAGAGGACAGAGACACGGCUUACC